AUGAACGCGAGAGAGCGCGUCAAGGGUAUGCAGUACAUGUACAUGGAAUCCCCACAGCCUGCCACUUGCGGCUCUGGUUCCUUGGUCAGGACGGCGAUGGCGACUGGGGUGGUCAACGGUCUUGUCGGGAGCAUUGUCGGAACUCGGGUCCCCGAAAUGUCGUCGUCGUCAGCUCCAAGCAACGGCGGUGUCCAUGAAGAACCCGAUGGCCAGGGCAGCAGAAGCAGCACUGUCCGUGUAGGUCAGUAG